AUGACGACGGUGACACAAAGUCUGCCAAGUACUGCAAUUGAGCUGUCAGCUCUAAACCAAAAUGCCGAGGGUGAAAGACAGCGAAAUGUGCCCUCAGCAGUCCUCCAACCAGAGCCAGAACAAGACGAUGUCAUGCAGCAAUCUCUGCUUGCAGACUCGCAAGUUCCAGACGGUGGAUAUGGCUGGGUAGUAAUUUUUGCCUGUGCGGUUCUGACGUUCUGGUUCGUCGGUACAUCUUAUACAUGGGGUGUCAUGCAAGCAGCUCUGGUAGAUCGCAAGGGCUAUUCGUCUUCGACACUGGCAUUUGUUGGAUCACUCAGCCCGUCUUGUAUUUCGCUUCUGGCUGUGCCAAAUGCAACUGUCGUCCGUAAAAUUGGCGCGCGAUUUACGGCGUUGUUGGGUAUCACGCUUCUUGGACUGGGAAGUAUUCUGAGCGGAUUUGCUGUGAAUAGUAUCGCCUCACUAUUCAUUACUUGGGGAUUUGUCGGUGGUCUCGGAACCAGCUUAUGCUUCAUGGUUGUUUCGGCAACCCCAGCACAGUAUUUUAAGGUUAAACGUGGUGUCGCGAAUGGCAUUGUUUUUGCCGGUGGCGGCCUUGGUGGUACCGUGCUCAGCUUUCUUAUUGAUUCUCUGCUGUCAAGUAUUGGAAUCGCAUGGACUUUCCGCAUCCUCGGGUUUCUGAUGAUUGGAACUGGGCUGCCUGCCGCAUACUUGAUCAAGGAACGGGCACCUAUCCAACGAACUAAGAUGGUAGAAUGGCGACUCUUCCGCGAUUUUCGCUUCGUUGUUUUAUUCUUUACGGGCGCAAUUGGUACAUUCCCCUUAUACGUACCGACAUUCUUCCUGCCUCUGUACACAAACUCUCUGGGCCUGCCAUCAAGCGCCGGUGCAGGUCUAGUAGCCGCAUUCAACUUCUCAUCGGCCAUCGGUCGUGUAUCUUGUGGAUUUGCGUGCGACAGGCUAGGUUCGCUAAACACGCUGUUUCUAUCGCUUCUGUUUAGUGCUCUGAGCCUUUUCGUGCUAUGGCCCGUCUCUACCUCGAUUGGACCCCUGAUUGCAUUCGUGAUCAUCAAUGGUGCAGCAAAUGGCGGCUUCUUCUCAACUAUGCCGACUGUUGUAGGUAAUGUUUUCGGUUCUGCGCGAGUGUCUGUUGCUAUGGGCAUGAUUGUUAGUGGUUGGCUUGGAGGGUACAUCUUGGGUGCUCCUAUUGCUGGUUUCAUUUUGAAUGCUUCCGGUGGUCAAGAGAAUGGAGUUGCUGCUUACAGGCCUGCUAUCUUCUAUGCUGGUUCAAUGGCUACUGUGGCUACUAUAUUGGCUGGUCUGGUGCGUAUGAAGGUCGAUCGGAGAAUCAAGAAGACUGUCUGA